ACUUCCUGAUUCUGUUCCUAGCUCCAGUCUCCAGAAGGAUGUUCCGGAGACUGAUGCAAGUGUUGAUGCUGCCACUAUUGCUGCUCCCUUUGGGUCAAGCAGCUCCCAAGGAUGGAGCUGCAAGGCCGGACCCUGAUGUGCAACAGGAGCUCAUGGCCAACCCCUUCCAGCCAGGCCCUGAGCAGCUACGACGCCUGCAGAAUUACCUCAAGGGACUAGAGAAGAUGGCUGAGGAUCCGGAGCACAUGGACCGGGAGCAAGUCCUGCUCUACCUCUUUGCUCUACAUGACUAUGACCAGAACAGACAGCUGGAUGGGCUGGAACUCUUGUCUAUGCUGACAGCAGCUCUGGCCCCUGAAGCCGCACACUUUCCCAUCAACCCGGUGAUCCUGGUAGUAGACAUGGUGCUUGCAACCCAGGACCUGGAUGGAGAUGGGCUCAUGACCCCUGCCGAGCUCAUCAACUUCCCAGGCGAGGCCCCCAAGCACAUAGGAUCCCCUCCCCCAGCUCUCCAGGAGCCACAGCCUGCCGGAAGGCUUUUGGCCAACAGUCCACUGCAAGCAGAAACCCAGCAAUCCCUGGGGACCAAAGAAGAAACCAGGGGCCAGGUAGAGGCCAAAGGAGAGUCCCUGGAGCCUGUACAGGAGGCUGGGCAUCAGCUAGGGGCUGAAGGUGAGGCUAGGGGACAGGCAGAGGCUGAAGGAGAUGUCCCCAGCCCCAGAGAGGAUGCCGAGCCACAGGCAGAGAGCAAGGACAAUGAAGGGCAAGCCAAAGAGCUGCUGGUGGAAACAUUAGAGACCAUUAACACUCCAAAUGAGGUCGAGGCUCAUAGUAUUCAGCUGGAGAAUGACGAGAUAUAAACUAGACGACUCCGUCUCAUUUCCCUCAGAAUCUCAGUGCGAAGCAGAAGCAUGGAGGGCCGGGCGAAUACGUUGG